UAUGAGUGACUGGGAAUGGUGCAUAAUGAUUCAAGUACUCUUUCUUGAUUCAGAGCCAUGCAAGUGUUAACAUAAUAGAAAAUAUUAUGUUUCCUGUUUAGGCUAGGUUAAUAUAUAUGUUUCCUUGUUAUGCGUACUUCCUUUAUUGGUCUAGGUUUCUUGGAGCAGCCAAGCCAAUAGAAACCGGGAGAAGUCAUGGAGAAAACUAAGAGAGCCAAAAAAAGCCAUGAGUGAGAAAAGCCAUGACAGUAGAGAUAUGAGGAUCAGGAGUUGGAGAUGCUGAAAUAAUCAGGUGCAUAGAGAGGGAGAGACAAGCUCUCCUCAAGUUCAAAGAAGCUCUUAUCGAAGAUAGUGGCUGGCUCUCUUCUUGGGGGAGUACUAAAGACUGUUGCAAAUGGAUAGGGGUCCAGUGCAGCAACCACAAUAUGACAAGUCACGUAACCGUGCUCGAUCUUUCUUAUCAGUUUCUGGGAGGUAAGAUUAGCCCUUCAUUGCUUGAAUUACACCAUUUGAGGUUCUUGGACCUUAGUGGGAAUGGUUUAUAUGGCCAAAUUCCUGAUGCCUUUGGAGAAUUGGUUUCCCUCACAAACCUCAUUCUCCGUCAGAAUCAACUUGAAGGUGGCCUUCCGAAAUCCUUUGUGAAUUCAAGUCAUCUACAAUAUUUGGAUCUGUCAGGUAAUAAUCUGACGGAAGAGCUUCACGAGUUUCUGCAAAAGUUGUCUGGGGCAAGCAACUCAUUAGUUACAUUAUAUUUAUCUGACAACCAACUUAGAGGUCCUUUGCCGGAUUUCACAAGAUUUUCUCUCUUAAGCGCAUUAUCCCUCGAUAAUAAUUCACUGAGUGGAUCCUUCCCAAAAGACAUUGGAAACCUUCCGAGUCUUUCUACUCUGUUUUUGUCAGGGAAUCAAAUUACAGGGUCAUUACCUGAUCUUUCAGUGUUUCCAUCAUUGCGAAUGUUAGAUCUGGGAAACAAUCUGUUGAAUGGGACUAUAGAUAGAGGUAUUGGACAGCUUCACGAGCUCGUGUAUUUAAGGUGUGGUUUCAACUCAUUAAAAGGCACAAUCUCUGAAGCCCACUUCUCCAAUCUCUCCAGUUUGUCGUAUUUGGACUUAUCUUCUAAUGCAUUAACUUUUAACUUCAGUUCUGAUUGGGUUCCCCCUUUCCAACUUGAUGUUAUAAAGUUUUCGACUUGCAAGUUGGGUCCUCGUUUCCCAAAGUGGCUUCGAACUCAAAAUGAAUUUUCUGUGCUUGAUAUGCCUAGUAAUGGAAUUGCUGGUAAUAUUCCCAGCUGGUUAUGGGAUCUAUCCCCGACAUUAAGUUCUCUAAAUCUCUCUCACAACCAGAUUAAUGGCUUCUUGCCUGAUUUAUCUUUGAAGUUUCCGUAUGCUGAAGUAAUAGAUUUAAGUGAUACUCUUCUUACAGGUCCAAUACCACUAUUUACUCGUAUGCUAUUAUCUUUGAAUCUCUCCAAGAAUAAGUUUGGGGGGCCGCUUUCUUUCUUAUGCACAAUAUCUACACAGUGGCCCAAGAUCAUCUUUCUAGACCUCUCAGAUAACCUAAUAUCAGGAGAGCUUCCAUAUUGUUUGUCACGGUUCGAACAACUCACAAUCAUUAGUUUGGCAAACAAUAAUUUGUAUGGGGAAAUUCCCAGCUCUAUCGACUUGCUAAGUUUCAUUCAAACAUUGAACUUGCGCGGUAACAAUUUAUCCGGGGAAAUACCUUCUUCUCUCAAGAGAUGCACAAAGCUGAGGAUUAUUGACUUCAGGGGAAACAGAUUCACAGGAAUAGUACCAGAAUGGUUGGGGACACACCUGACAAGUUUGAUUGUCCUUAUUCUUCGAUCCAAUGAAUUUAAGGGAAGCAUACCUCGACAAAUAUGUCAUCUUAACCACAUUCAAAUUUUGGACUUCUCCCAGAAUCAUUUAUCAGGAAGUAUACCACCAUGCUUUUCCAAUUUCACUGUUCUGGUGGAAACUAAGAAUUCUAAUGCCACCACAAGUUUUGAGUACUAUGCAAAUACAGACCCUAUUCUUGACAUAAGCACAUAUGUACCUAAUGCACUGGUGCAAUGGAAAGGAAAAGACCAGGAGUACGGAAAAAAUCUAGGACUACUGAAGACCAUUGAUCUUUGUAGCAACAGAUUAUCCGGAAAAAUUCCUGACCAAGUUUGGAGUCUUUCAGGGUUGCAUUCCUUGAACCUCUCGAGAAACACUUUGACAGGAAAAAUCGUCCAAGAGAUCGGGUGGAUGGAAAUGUUGGAAUCUCUUGACUUGUCUACGAACAGACUUUUUGGUGAAAUUCCCGGAAGCCUUGCUCAUUUGAGUUUUCUAAGCGUUUUGAACUUGUCAAGUAACAAUUUAUCUGGCAAAAUCCCAUUAAGCACGCAACUCCAAAGCUUUAAUGCUUCUACAUAUUCUGGGAAUCUUGAACUUUGUGGGGUUCCACUUCCCAACAAGUGCCCAGGAGAAGAAAAAACAGCAGAAUCUCCCAAUACUGCUCAUCCCAAAGACAAAAACAUUCAAGAAGAUGAGGAUAGUUCCAUUACUCAAGGAUUUUAUGUUAGCAUGGGGCUUGGUUUCUUCUUCGGAUUUUGGGGAGUUUUUGGCACUAUACUUUUCAAUAGUCAGUCUCGACAUGCAUUUUUCAUGUUCCUGAACCACAUAACGGAUUGGAUCUAUGUGACCAUUACAUUGAACUGGGCUAAACUACAAAGGAGGCCUUAGAUCUUAUCGGUGAGUAUCAUUUUUUAAAUUUUG